AUUUUCCUCUUUCUAUUCUCACUCUCUGCGUGGACUGUGAAGGAGGAGGAGAAGGAGGAGAAUGGUGGAGUCAUGAAAACUGCUUUUUAAGGAGAAAAGAGAGGUUUUGGCUCUGCGAAAACGCCAAUGGCGUUAUCUCAUUGUCUAGUUCUUGUCUCUUUUCUGGUUUUCCUUCCUCUCGGAAAACCAGAUCUCGCGUCGGAAAAGGCAGCACUUCUGGUAUUCAAGGCCGCCGUCGGCAAGUAUCUUCGGUGGAACCAGAGUUCACCCACGCCAUGCACAUGGCCGGGCAUUCAGUGCGUGAACAACAGCGUUACCUAUAUUCGUCUCCCCGGUACUGCACUCACCGGAGAAAUCCCGACUGGUGUCUUCGGCAACCUCACACACCUCCGCACUCUCAGCCUCCGUCUCAACGCCCUCUCCGGUCAACUUCCGUCGGAUCUCGCCGCCUGUACGGACCUCCGUAAUCUAUACUUGCAUGGAAACCAUUUCUCUGGUGAGAUCCCUAACUUCUUGUUCGGUCUUGACAACCUCGUUCGUCUGAACCUUGGGGAGAACAACUUCUCUGGUGGGAUCUCGACGGAGUUUAACAACCUCACCAGGUUGGGGACUCUCUAUUUGGAGAACAAUCAACUCAGUGGUUCGAUUCCGAAUCUACCAGAAAUCAAGAGUCUUGUUCAGUUCAAUGUUUCGUAUAAUCACUUGAAUGGUUCAAUCCCGCCGAGUCUAAGUGAUAAAAGUGCCAAUGCAUUUGUCGGGAAUUCGCUCUGCGGCGGUCCACUCCUUGCUUGUCCUGGGGAGGCACCAUCGCCCACGAGUAGCGUAAAAGGUGGCGGUAGUGGUAGUGAAAAGAAGAAGUUGUCAGGAGGAGCAAUUGCUGGGAUUGCGAUUGGAUCCGUGAUUGGGUUUUUGUUGAUUCUUCUCGUUUUGUUCAUUUUGUGCCGGAAGAAGAGUAGUGGAAAGACGAGAUCGGUAGACAUUGCUUCAGUGAAGCAGGGGUCUGAAGUAGAGAUGCCGGGUGAGAAGAGAGAAAAUGGUGGUCUGAGUAGCAGUGCGGUUCCCUCUGCUACUGCUGCGCCCACAGCUACUACCACGGCAGUGGCAACAGCUUCCAAGGGUGACAUGAACGGUAGUGGGAAUAAGAAGCUUAUUUUCUUCGGAAAUGCUUCUAGGGUUUUCGAUCUGGAGGAUCUGUUGAGGGCUUCGGCGGAAGUUUUGGGGAAGGGAACGUUUGGUACGGCGUACAAGGCCGUUUUGGAGAUGGGUACGGUUUUGGCUGUGAAGAGGCUCAAAGAUGUUACCAUUUCGGAGAGGGAAUUCAGGGAGAAGCUUGAAACUGUUGGAUCCAUGGAUCACGAAAACUUAGUCCCGCUCAGGGCUUACUAUUACAGCAAAGACGAGAAGCUCCUUGUCUACGAUUACUUGUCUAUGGGCAGUCUAUCUGCACUAUUGCAUGGAAACAGAGGAGCCGGUAGGACUCCAUUGAGUUGGGUUAUCAGGUCUGGCAUUGCUCUUGGAGUUGCUCGUGGCAUUGAGUAUCUCCAUGCGAGGGGAUCCAAUAUCUCGCAUGGCAACAUCAAGUCAUCUAAUAUCCUCCUCACCAAAUCCUAUGAUGCCCGCGUAUCUGACUUCGGUCUUGCACACCUUGUUGGUCCUACUUCCACCCCCAACCGCGUUGCAGGAUACCGUGCUCCUGAGGUGACAGAUGCCCGUAAGGUAUCGCAAAAGGCAGAUGUCUACAGCUUCGGUGUUCUUCUAUUGGAGCUGUUGACCGGGAAGCCUCCAACCCAUGCACUCUUGAAUGAAGAUGGAGUUGAUCUACCAAGGUGGGUUCAAUCGGUAGUGCGAGAGGAGUGGACAUCAGAGGUGUUUGACCUUGAGCUCUUGAGGUACCAGAAUGUGGAGGAUGAGAUGGUUCAGCUCCUACAGCUUGCAAUAGAUUGUAGUGCUCAGUAUCCCGAUAAGCGCCCCUCAAUGACUGAGGUGACCCGGCGAAUUGAAGACCUCCGACGUUCCAGCAUAGAUCUGCACCCUGAUGUGGUUGAUGAAUUGGACGAUGGAUCAUCCCAGCGAGUUGGAUUGGGCCAACCACCUCCCUCUUUUCUGGACUGAAGAAGAGGACCAAUUGUCAUGCCCAUUUUAAGCAAGUUUAAUCUGGGUUUUUGGUGGUUUCAUUGAAUCAGGAUUUCAGAUCUGCUCAAAUCUUCUCAUUAAGAAUCGAUUGAGCAUUGGCAGCCUUUUUUUAAUUAGUUUUACCUUCAUAUUUACAUGAUGGGAUGGGGGAAGGUGGUUUUAUCUUUCUUUCCUUUUCUUUUCCUCCUUACAUGCUUCUCGUAUGUAACUGUGUAUUAUUAGUUCUUAAUAGUGGGUUGGGGGUCGGGAUGGUGUUUGCUGUAAUUACAUUGAUUUUCACCUUUGAAGCAACUUCUGAUUUGUUGAGAUUGAAAUGUUUCGUUCUUGGCUUCAA